CAAUCUAUUUAUAUCAACGCUGAAUCCUACCAUACCUUCUGUAUCCAUUGCAUAAUUUAUUUUUACUCUGUCAAACCAUGUCAAAGAAAACAGUUGUGUCAGUGCAACUGCUCUGUUCAAAAUGCAGGCAGAAGGUGAUGAAGUUAAUUGCAACAAUAGAAGGGAUAACUUCUAUUGUCCUCGACCCGUCGAAGAAUACGGUCACAGUGAUUGGUGAAGCUGAUCCAGUGAAGAUCAUUUGCAAGGUGAGGAAAUUUAGAAAAUCUGCGUCGAUUAUGAGCGUAGGGCCUCCCAAGGAAGAGAAGAAAGACAUGGUUAUCCCUUGCACUCCAAAGGUAUGUCAGAGAUGCGAUGUGUGGUAUGUCGUUAGUGACGAUUUUUACGGUUAUUGCACCAUUAUGUAAGUAAGAAAUCUCUUGCUGCACCGAGCAUUUGCAAUGCUUAAUAUGUUCUGUUUAAUGUCCUAUGAUCCACUCUUGGGUUUUCGUCAAAAACUGAUAUUUUGGUUGAAUCAUUAAAUAAAAGGCUCUGA